AUGCCCGCACAAGCGGUCCGCGUUGCUGCUGCUGCCCCAAGGAUCAUGACGUCUCGCGCCAUGAUCAGCAGUGCUCGCUUCAACUCGACCAAAGCUGGAGCCACCAUGGCCACUGCUGGCAAGGCUACCGCUGCUGCCCCUACUCCUGCUGCCCCUCAGCCCAAGAAGCGCUGGUCCCGUCUCCGUGCCUUGAAGCGUGUUGUUCAGCUUGGAACUGUCGGUGCUAUCGGAUACGGUUCAUAUGAGAUCUACAGCAAGCGUCACCCCUUGGAACAGAAGCCUUUCGACCCCACGAAGCGCACCGUUGUCGUACUCGGAAGUGGAUGGGGUGCCGUCUCCUUCUUGAAGUCCAUCAACACCGACGAUUACAAUGUGAUGGUCGUGUCCCCCCGUAACUACUUCUUGUUCACACCCUUGUUGCCCAGCUGUACCGUCGGAACCAUAGAGUUGCGUUCCAUCAUGGAGCCCAUCCGCUUCAUUACCCAACACAAAACCCGCAACGUCAAGUUCUACGAGAGUGAAUGUACCGAUAUCGACCCCGAGAGCAAGACCAUCAGUAUCACUGAUGUGUCGGAUAUCAAGGGAUCGGUCAGCAACACCACUAUCCCCUACGACUACUUGGUCAUGGCUGUCGGAGCAGACAACCAGACUUUCGGUAUGGCCGGAGUGAGAGAGUAUGCCUGCUUCUUGAAGGAGGUUUGGGAUGCCCAAAAGAUCAGAACCCGCUUGAUGGACUGUGUCGAGUCUGCAGGAUUCGCCAAGCAGGCCCCCGAGGAGGUUGACCGUCUGUUGCACAUGGUCGUUGUCGGAGGAGGUCCCACCGGAGUUGAGUACGCCGCAGAGUUGCACGAUUUCUUGAAGGACGAUCUGGAGGUCUGGUACCCCGAGUUGGCAGACAAGUUCAAGAUCACCCUUGUCGAGGCUCUUCCCAACGUCUUGCCCAUGUUCUCAUCCCAGUUGAUUCAAUACACCGAGAGCACAUUCAAGCAGAACAAGAUCGAGGUCUUGACGAAGACGAUGGUCAAGGAGGUCGCAGACAAGGAGAUUAAGGUCAUGGAUGCCAACAAGAACCUGGUCUCGAUUCCCUAUGGUCUUUUGGUCUGGGCUACUGGAAACUGCCCCCGUCCCUUGACCCGCAAGCUGAUGGCCCGCGUCAAGGAGGCGCAGACCUCUCCCCGUGGUAUCCUUGUUGACGACUACAUGCGCGUUGCCGGCGCUCCCGACGUGUAUGCUAUCGGAGACUGCACCUUCUCCAAGUACGCCCCCACUGCCCAAGUCGCCACCCAGCAGGGUCUCUACCUGGCUUCGGUCUUUGAGAACUUGGCCAGGAUGGAGGACGGUCAGAACAAGAAGAUUACUCCCUUUGAGUACUCUCACCAGGGAUCGUUGGCGUACAUUGGAUCGGACAAGGCUAUUGCAGAUCUGCCUUUCUUGAACGGCAAUGUCUCUGUCGGAGGAGUUGCCACCUAUGUCUUCUGGCGCUCGGUCUAUAUCUCUAACAUGUUCAGUUUCAGGAACCGUUUCUUGGUUGUUGGAGACUGGAUGAAGUCCAAGGUCUUUGGACGCGAUGUCUCUCGCGAGUAA